CCGCCACCUCCGGCGACGGCGGCGGCAUUCGCGCGGGCGCAUUCGCCAGAGGCGGCCGCGGCGGUGGCGCGGAUCGAUCCCUCGAGGCCCGUGCGGUAGCUGCGGCUCGCCGUCCCCUCUGCCUCGCUCGCUCGCGCGCCCGCCUCCGAUCCUUCCACUUCCACGCGAAAUCAUCAGUUUAGCCAAUUGGGAAGAAGGAAUGGCGAGCACUAUUAAUGCCAGAACCUGGUUGGAAAAAUGACUUGGUACUUUGGUAGCAAGUUGUCUAUUCAUCAAUAAGAGAUGGUAGAUUCCAAAGCAGAGUUGUCAAAAGAUUUGUGAUUUGGCUAGCUUCCCUACUCGCUAAAAGGAGAACUGAGGUAUGUGCUACGUAGCAAUCAUCUUUAUUUUUUCUGAUCAGACUGCAGCUGCUUUAGUAUCAUAUUGCUUAUGUAUUACGACAAUAUGCUUCCUUGUCACCUCCCAGUUGUAUUAGAUUUCUUAAGAAAACAUCGUUGAGACUGGAGAGUUGACUGUCUUUAUUUAAUCUAAUCUUCCUUCUACAAAGAGGUUGAUGCUUGAACUUACGUACCACACAUAUUUUUUUCAAUUCAUUUCACAAACCAAAUCUGGAAAAAUUAUAUCAGCACUGUAGCCAAAUCAAUUAUUUGAAUCCACAUAGGAGUAUCAAACUAGCAUAACAUAACUUUUUGCUGGACUAGCUCGAUAGCAUUUUGACCUUAGAGAAGUACCCUGUGACCCUUGUCUAUUAGUGCCUGUCACACACAAGGAGCAAGGAAUAAUUAGGCCAAGGCAAAUUCAAAGACUACAGAAGAACUUUAUCAUGGCAUAUGAGACUUUAUGUUCACCUUCCAUGUAAAGGUAUGGAAUAGCCAAUGGUGGGACAACUUCCAACUAUCCAAGAGAAUACUCUUCUACAUACACCAAUGGUGGCACAGCUUUCGGUUGCUGUCAUUGGUUAUGAACCUGUUGCCUAUUCAGUGCUCGUAUAUUCUUCAGUAUCUAGAUUGGAUUCGUGACCUCUCUCCUUUUCUUUAUACUUUACGCUCCAAAGAAGUACUAUUCACCCACGAGGCCUAGGUUCGAUUAGAAGUCACCAGCAAAGAUGAAGUAGACAACAAAUCAUUGAUAUGUAACUGUAUACCACAGUUCCUCAUCUCCACCUGAGUUGCCUAACUUCUGAUAUGAUAUCCUCUGGCCUCAUGAAUGAAGUAUUUAUGGCGAUUUUGGAUUAUUUAUAGAUGUAUACUGCUUUCUGGAAAGUUCCUAUGCGGCAGCUAUGUUUGAAGCAUACCCUAAACAGUUUUGAAACCUUCAAUCGCACCAUGAUGCAUGAUUUUUGGCCUUCUGCCCUUCUCCUUUGCCUUCCAAAUGCAUAGGCUGGAGUAAUUGAUUGUGAAAAAGGAAUUGAAGUAGAUGAUUGUCAUCACAUGAUAUGGUGAGAACAUUUCACUUUCAGCUAUUAUCACCUCAAUCCUUGGUAUCCAAAAUUCCACAUCAAGUCAUACAUACUUACCUAGCUAUCUGCCUACUGAGAUACGGCCGCUGGCCCACUACCUUAGCCUACAGAGGAAGAGCCUCCCCAACAUUCAUCGCCAAACACUGAGCCAUCAGGUUGCAUGUCCAGGAAUGAGGGGUUUAUGCACAUCAUUGUCAGAAAAAGAGAGUUGUGAAAUUCAGGGGCACAAAUUAAAAAUUUGCGCACAUAUUACAAGCUGUGCAAAACGUCAACAGCUGGAGAUUCCCCCAUCUCCCUGGUGACUUGGUACAAUAAUUGUCCAAGUUGGGUUCUUUUACUAUUGACCUUUUCCUGUUACCAUCAACCCUAAUAUUGUACUGAAGGGCUCUAAACUGGUGAACAAAAGUUGUGUGCCUUUAUCCUCUUUCAAUUGCUUCAUGCAAUGCAAAAACUGAUACUGGAGAUUGAAUGCCACAGCAUCGAUGCCAAAUUAUGUUAAAAAUAGUAAAGCUUCAUGCCAUAGGGCUUGCUGCAGUACAUCUAGUCACUUCACUUGACUUACUUUUUACUUCAAUGGCAUGGUAAUAUAGCUCCGUGGAGUCACUUUAAUCCAUAAAUUACUCAUUCGAUUCAGUUUUGGGACCCAGUUUCUUGUCAUGACAACUGAUACACAACCGAGAGAUUGUUCAUGGUACACUAUGCAUUGGAUCUAUGGUUUAACUAUGGUUGUUCUCAGUCUCGUGCAUUUGCACGUAGGGUCAAAAAGUGACAGGUUGUCGGUCACCUUUGUUGGCCCGUGUAUCAUUCACUCAUUUUUAAUGGAAACUAUUGUGCAGCUGGAGUAUUUUUCUUCCUUUUUGGUGGGUGUCCACGAAUAUCUUAGGUUCUUGAUAGAGCCUAUCAGCCUACGAAAUAUCUUCAGUCAUCUUUUCCUCUCUUUUUUUUCCCUGAUUUCUUGUUGAUUAGAGGGCUAUUUGAUGAGUGCUAGUUGUGAUAGGUAAAAUCAAUUCAAAAUAAGAUUAGAAUCUGAAUAGGUUAAGCAUUCUCCCAUUUGAUCCAUGCAUGGGUACCUUAUGAGUUCUCAUGAUUCAGGUAUUUAAUGACUUUUACCUUUGGUAAAGGAGACCAGAGCAAGUGAACUCUGAAAUAUAUUUAUCUCUCUGUGCUUUGUCAUAUGUCUUCUUUUACACUUCUGGACUAGAUAUUUCUGCGUGGUCCGAAAUGUGCUUAGCCCUGUAAUGUCAAAAUUCUGGGGCAUUACCAUGAAUCAAGUGGAGGAGUUGCAGCGCAAAUUAGCUCAUAGUAAUUAAACAUGUAUAUUACCGUACCACUACAUGUAUUUUUGUAGAACUAAAGAGGAGCCUUCAUCUUUUUAAUAGAUGGAAACAGAAAAUAUCGAGAGAGAAACUUAAACCAAAGUUUUAGUUAGAUAGCAUUUAUCAACAACUUGCUAAGUGGACUGAAUAGAUGAGAAGAAAACAUUACACUGUUGUAAUAACCUUAUAAAUCUAAAAUGGAACAGAGCUGGAAAUGGAACAUGUUUGUAUACUACAAGCACAACGUCUUAGUUUGGAAAAGAACAGAGCUGGGCCCCAUGAUGGCUGGAAAAGAACAGGGCUCUGUCAGCCUUGAAGAAAAGAGUACAUCGAGGAGAGAAUAUUUCCUCUGGGAGAUGGCAACAGGAGAAUCAGUGUUAACCCUGCAACCAAUAUCCAGAGAAUGUGGACCAUUGUUUUUCAUUUUGUAGGCCAUGCUGAAGGGAACUGGGAUCGUGGAAUCUCCCAAACACCUACUAAUACUGAUGCUGCUGCUGUACUACAUCAUCAGGAAUCAACUGGGGAAGGGAGGAAUGCUAGUAACCAGAUGGUAACUGCCAAUACCUGGUUUUCUUAUAAAGGUCAAGAACUGCUGGUGUGUGACGCGUGUCACCACACGUUCUCUAUCGCCCCUCUCUGGAACGGCUCCCCGCUGCUACAGCAAGUCCUGGGAAUAGCAGCAUGAAGAGGACAAUCACUCGUGCCUCACGUUUAAAUUGGCAUGAGCAGCACCAAUCCAGGCACCAGAAGCAGCCAGCGAGCUAGCAAACUCUCCAUUGCAAACUUGUGAGCAUGCAAGCAUCUUCCAUGGAGGCAAGCAAUUGCUCCAUUGCACUUGAAAUCAGCCAUGUUGCAACCCCAGGUUUACCUGUCCUGCUGCUUGGAUCUUCACUGGCUCUGCUUGCUGUGUUUCUGGUAUACUUCUAUGCACCUUUCUGGAGCUUGAGGACAGUUCCAGGGCCUCCAACCAGGUUCCCCAUAGGCCACCUUCAUCUUCUCGCCAAGAACGGGCCGGACGUCUUUCGCGCCAUCACGAAGGAGUACGGUCCGAUCUUCAGGUUUCACAUGGGGAGGCAGCCACUGGUGAUUGUGGCCAAUGCUGAGCUCUGCAAGGAGGUCGGCAUCAAGAAGUUCAAGGACAUCCGCAACCGCAGCACCCCGCCUCCCAACGUCGGCACGCUUCACCAGGAUGCCCUCUUCCUCACCAGGGACUCGACGUGGUCGUCGAUGAGGAACAUGGUGAUCCCGCUGUACCAGCCGGCGAGGCUCGCCGGACUCAUCCCGACGAUGCAGUCGUACGUGGACGCUCUGGUGGACAACAUCGCCGGGUGCCCGGACCAGGACUGCAUCCCCUUCUGCCAGCUCUCGCUGUGCAUGGCCAUCGACAUCAUCGGCAAGACGGCGUUCGGCAUCGAGUUCGGCCUGUCCAGGAAGGCGGCCGACACCGCCGCCGGCGACGACGGAGACGGCGACGACGACGACGACGUGAAGGAGUUCUUGAGGGAGUACAAGAAGUCCAUGGAGUUCAUCAAGAUGGACCUGUCCAGCUCGCUGUCCACCAUCCUGGGCCUCUUCCUGCCGUGCGUCCAGACGCCGUGCAAGCGGCUGCUCCGCCGUGUCCCCGGCACGGCGGACUACAAGAUGGACCAGAACGAGCGCCGCCUGUGCCGCCGCAUCGACGCCAUCAUCGCCGGCCGGCGGCGUGACCGCGACGCCGGCGACGGGGCGGCGCUGGACUUCAUCGCGGCGCUGCUUGACGCGAGAGAGAGCGGCGGCGGCGGGCACGGCGGCUUCGCGCUGGAGGACCGGCACGUCCGGGCGCUGGCGUACGAGCACCUGAUCGCCGGGACGAAGACGACGGCGUUCACGGUGUCGUCGGUGGUGUACCUGGUGUCGUGCCACCCGCGCGUGGAGGAGAGGCUCCUCCGGGAGAUCGACGGGUUCGCGCCGCGCGGCCGCGUCCCCGGCGCCGACGAGCUCCACGCCGGCCUCCCCUACCUCAACCAGGUCAUCAAGGAGGCCAUGCGCUUCCACCUCGUCUCGCCGCUCAUCGCCCGGGAGACCUCCGAGCCCGUCGAGAUCGCCGGCCACCUCCUCCCAAAGGGGACGUACGUGUGGCUGGCGCCGGGGGUGUUGGCGAGGGACGCGGCGCAGUUCCCGGAGCCGGAGGAGUUCAGGCCGGAGAGGUUCGCGGCGGGGGCGGCGGAGGAGAGGGCGAGGCACCCGUACGCGCACAUCCCGUUCGGGAUCGGGCCACGGGCGUGCGUGGGGCACAGGUUCGCGCUGCAGCAGGUGAAGCUCGCCGCCGUCGGCCUCUACCGCCGCUACGUGUUCCGCCACUCGCCGGCGAUGGAGUCGCCCCUCCAGUUCGACUUCGACCUCGUCCUCGCCUUCCGCCAUGGCGUCAAGCUCAGGGCCAUCAAGAGGACCAACACCUGAGCUCACCUCAGCCUGAGCCUAGCACUGUGUGAAGUAUGUGUACAGUAUAUGUGUGUUGCUAAUCUGCUAGUGGUGUGUUUGCUAAGAGAGCAAAUUGCAAAUCUGGCUAGUUUGUAUUUUCAAGUUAAAUUUGUAAUUUAGAAAUCUUGCAGAUAUUUCUCAAGUAUAAAGCAAGUUAUAUUAUGUACAGUAGAAGUUUGGAGAGUUAACUAAUUGAGUGUGUGAAAAGUGUUAAACA